GCCUGUCGUUGAAGAGGAGUGUUAGUAGAGCAGAGCCAAUCGAGUAUUCACACCUCCCCGAUUUUAUUCUGUUUCCAUUGUCAAAUUAUCCCUAAUCGCUGGUCGAUUGUACAUUCAUUAUAGCUGUGUGUCUCCUGUUACUCCUGGACGAGGUCGUGAUCGCAGAGACGAAGGAAGCAUACUGACAGCUUUGCCCUAAUUAUUGCCAGUAUUCAACCCCAAUAAUCCACCAUUAACACCGUCACCAUGAAGUCCAUCUCCGCUCUGGCAGCCAUCAUUCCUAUCCUCCCCGUGACAGAAGCCCUUGUCGGUCUCGAUUGGAGCGCCACCAACAUCCCCUCGACAGGCUUGAAGGACAUCACAUUCCCCAUCUCCAUCGCCAACGCCCCGCGCGAAGAAGGCUUCUACUUUGCCCAGCAAUUCAGCUUCAACGGUGUCUCCGACGUCGGUUACACAGGCCUCCAGCCUCGUCCGGACGCCAACGGCGCAAGCAUCAUCCACGCCGUCUUCUCCAGCUUCGUCCCCGGCAGCACCAGCACCGACGAGAACUGCAGUGAUGGCGCCGACGGUGGUGCCGGUGUCAGCUGUGCCGUCGAGAUCCCGGCAUCCUAUGCGCCCAUGUACCACCUCGUCAUCAAAAACACCGAAGGAACAACUUGGACCGGAACGCUAGUGGACACCGUCAAUAACGACGAAACCCAUAUCGGAGAGUAUACACUUCCCUCUGGAACGGGUGGCAUCAAGGAAUCCCAGGUUGGAUUCGUCGAGUAUUAUCCUUGGAAUGCUGUUCCUGAACAUACCUGUGACUCGUUGCCUUAUACUAAUGCUACCUUCUUGAACCCUACCUCCUCUGAGUCUGGUGUUACGGCUACUGUGGGAAGACCGUAUGAGUACGGGGAUUGUGAGGGUCGUGCUGGGUUUGAUGUGCAGGAGGUUGAGGGUGGAUUUGAAGUUUCUGUUGGGUUUUAG